AUGGCAGCAGUUAAUGGAACAAACGGAACAAAUGGGCACACGAGCUCUCGCCGUCCUCUGCCCUGCGGCAUCUAUGCCCCAACAAUGACCUUCUUCGAUCCCGAAACCGAAGAACUCGAUAUCCCCAUCAUCAAGAAACAUGCCAUUCGUCUCGCUGAAGCAGGUCUUGUUGGACUUGUUACAAUGGGCUCCAACGGAGAAGCGGUCCACCUUUCACUCGACGAGAAGACAGCCGUCACAAAAGCUACCCGUGACGCGCUCGACUCUGCCGGCUUCACAAAAGUACCCAUUAUCGUAGGAGCCACCGAAGGUUCUGUCCGAGGGACAAUCGAGCUCUGCAAGCAUAGCGAGAGAGCAGGUGGAGAAUAUGUCCUUCUUCUUCCCCCCAGCUAUUUCCGAGGCCUGAUGGACGAAGAUGCUGUGUACAAUUACUUCAUCGAAGUAGCAGAUGGCAGUCCGCUCCCGAUAAUACUGUACAAUUACCCUGGAGCUGUGGCAGGCAUCGAUAUGGAUUCAGAUCUCUUGAUCAAGCUCGCCAAACACCCAAACAUCAUCGGCACCAAAUUCACAUGCGGAAACACAGGGAAGCUCACGAGAGUGGCACUUGCAACAAAUGCGAAGACACCAUUCAGUGAAGGAUCGGGAUACAUGGCAUUUGGCGGAAUGUGCGAUUUCACAACUCAGACAUUGAUAUCUGGUGGUUCAGGAAUCAUUGCCGGUGGAGCGAAUGUCAUGCCUAAAGUGUGCGUCAAGAUCUGGGAUCUGUAUACGGAAGGCAAGCGAGAUGAAGCAUUUGCCAUGCAAAAGAUCCUCAGCAAAGGUGACUGGGUAUUGACCAAAGCUGCCAUUGCCGGUACCAAGAGCGCGAUCCAGAGUUAUUACGGCUAUGGCGGCUAUCCUCGUCGACCGCUGAAGAGACUUGACGAAGUCAAGACACAGGGCAUUGCGGACGGAGUUGCGGAAGUCAUGAAGUUGGAGAAGAGCUUAUAG